ACGAUUCUGUCUGGGAUUUUCUCUUAAAGGGAUCAUAUGCAGCUGGAGCUCUGGAGCUAAGCGAGCGUUUCUGUUCCAAAUGUUAGCGUUCUUCCUGUCGUGAAGAUGGAGAUUUUACUGCGCAAAUACACUCAUGUCGGUCCUUAAACAAGCUUGUUCAGGGGAAUGCAGUCGGCUACAGAGGAGAACAGUUGUGAUGGCACCUUGGGUGUGCCUACGGGUUCGAUGGUGCAGGUGUGUUUCCCUAACGUGCAGACGUGUGUGCUGGACAGCCUUAACAGACAGCGUGAGGACGGCCAGCUGUGUGACCUCUCCAUACACGUACAGGGACACGUCUUUAAAGCCCAUCGCUGCGUGUUAGCUGCCUCAUCACCGUACUUCCAUGACCAGGUGCUACUGAAGAACAUGUCUACAGUGUCCAUCCCAGCUGUAAUGGACCCGCUGGCAUUCGAGAGAGUCCUGCGCUGUGCCUACACCGGCCAGCUGCAGAUGCUCCGUGAAGACAUCGUCAACUACCUCACCAUUGGAAGCGUGCUCCAGAUGUGGCACAUUGUGGACAAGUGCACAGAACUACUCAGAGAGGACAAGGGAGGUUCGUCUGGGCCACAGGGUACAGCUCCGUCCUCAGAGAGUGCUCGAUGCAGCAGUAUCCCUAACAGGGAAUCCUACGGUGGCGAAGGACACCUACAGUCUGUGGCGCCGCCUCUGACCCGUUCCUCACUAAUCGAGAGUCAGUCUCCCAGCAGUACAAACUACUUCAGCCCCAAAGAUGCUAGUUUCGGUGGAGCCAUGGCGAGUACAGGAACGGUGGGAGACGGAGGCAUGCAUUCCACUCCGAACUACUGCAUGCCGUCCAGUCAAGAAGACGCUUUCCUAAUUGACGAGGAGGAGGAAGAGGACGAGGAGCUUGUGUACCCGAGGAAACAGGAACAGGGCAGUGGCAGAAGGAAGAAGCCUACUCCUGCCUCCGAUCAAGACAUGGGAGUGAGCGACAGUUUCGGCGUUUCGUCCUACCAGGAUCUGGAGUCGUCUCCGCUGCAGAAGCGCCCCAUGUACAGCCAGCCGAGCAUCAUGCCUCGGAAGCAGUGGGUGGUGGUGAAAACCGAACGCUCCAGGGAUGACGACUUCAUCGUGGUGUCUGGAGAAGAAGGAGGUGAAAACGAAGACGAGCAGGACCUAGAGCUCAGCAAGGAGAGAGAAAGGGAGAGGACAUUUAAUAUUUCUAAUGUCAGGACUCUUUCUGCAGACCUCAGCAGCAGGGAGGACAUGGAAGCCCAGGUUGACUACUGCCAAUCACCUGAAGACUACCUCAAGGUCGAAAGCGGUUUGAUGGACCAAGCGUCAUCACAGCACUCUGUGGAGAACCCCAGCCAGAGCAGCAGUCGAGCAUUACUGAGCUCGGUCCAAUCAGCCACUGCCAGAACACAGCUCUUCCCACUGGACAUGCAAGGGAACCAGAUUGUUCUCUACAACCAACCUUCUCUUUCAGUCAGCCACCAAGAUGCUUUGCCUGGGGUGUCCUUAAAAGGAGCUUCGGAGCAUGGAAUGGUUCACUUACCCAGGCACGGUGGAAUGGACAGUGGCUUUGACGGGUUAGAUGGCAGCGGGGCUGGCACUGCGGGCAAAGUCUUUAUGUGCCACUGUGGAAAAAGGUUUACUCACAAGAGCAUGCGAGAUCGCCACAUCAACAUGCAUCUCGACCUGCGGCCUUUCCACUGCCCGGUAUGCUCCAAGAAGUUCAAGAUGAAGCACCACCUCACAGAGCACAUGAAGACACACACAGGUCUGAAGCCAUACGACUGCCUUAGCUGUGGGAAAAAGUUCAUGUGGCGCGACAGCUUCAUGCGACAUCGCUCGCACUGCGAAAGGCACACCGGCGUCAGCGCUAAUAGCGAGCUGCAAGGUACUGAAGGGUCAGUUAUUUCCCCUCAAAAUCUUCUUCAGCACCAGCCUUCAGGCAACAAAGGUACUCCAGGCAGCUCUGGAGGCAGAAGUGGAGUCCCAGUUACGUCUCCACACCACUCCAGUAGCAGCAGCAGCAGUAGCAGCAGUAGAAGCGGCUUGAGCAUGUCCAUCCCUGGCUCGCUUUUAGGGCUUAACCCCCAAAGUGGAAUGUACGGUCAUGGCUCCGGUGUCCUCGGGCUAGAUGUGAGCCAGAGUGAAUGUGGGGAUGAUAUAAGUGAGGUGUGUAUAGGUGAAAACAGCAUCACUUAAACAUCACCUCAGCAAACAGCUAAAUAUCGCCACGUCGGACCACUUGUACAGUCGUCUGAUUGUGAUAGUGUCUGUAAGCAUGAUUCACGUAACAAGAUAGGAAAGAAAUAACGUCUAAAGUCUUAGAGCACUUAUAAUGUGUCCAUCUGUUUUUGGUGCAUUAACGUUAAAUAGUGCACAAUCCAAUGGAUGUGUAAAAAACGUUCUAAUUUAACGAUAAAAGAAUUGUUUUUAAAUAAUUUGGACAAAUUUCAUCACAAAAAGAAAAAAUACAUUCCUGGGUAUUUUUGCGGGGCAGCACAUCACAUUACUCCAGAGCAGAACAUAUCACACAAGGGCUCUUAUUGAGAGCCUGUGAUCUGAUACUGCCGCAGCACUUAUUAUAAGGAGAGGACGCAUUCGAUCGUUUUAGCUGAGCUGUGACAUCCAGGUUCAGGCUGUACUCAAAUCUCCAGUAUACACGUUAAGGCACCGGUAUAAAAAUGCAAACAGGAAAAUGUAAAAGCCUCGCAUUCAGAAAUAAAGUGUUAUAAAAUAAAAGCAAGGAAAUAAAAAAAAAGAUUAGCAUGAUGUAUGUGUAGCAGCCUGGAAAAAACCCUUGUAGUACAAGAAGUUCUUCUUCGCACAUAUUUUAUCCAGAACUAAAAGCUUAAUGUCUGAAUAAACUCGAAAAAAGGAGUAAAUUUCAACUUCAGAAUUUAAAGAUUUCAGUCGAUUUCCAAUUAAAGACGCUUUUCUUUCAAAUUGACGUGAAAAUAAAUCAGAAAAGAAUUUCUCUGAAUAAAGUUAAAACUUAAUGUAUAGAAGAAGUGUUUAAAGUAUUUAAUGUCUAUUCUAAAGAAUAGAAUAGAAAUGUAGAUUCAUUAGCAAGUCCGAAUGCGGAGGAGCAUUUUAUUAUCUGGGGCGCGUAAUAAUUUUAUUAUUAUUUAUCUGUCUCACGGCUUCCACGCUCAGUAUCCAGCACACGGCAACGUAUGGAUUUUAUUUGUUUUAUAUUGUGCUGAAUGUGCAGUUUAUAGACCCAGUAUGAAAGGUCACUGUGAUUAACAGGAGUGUGUUGGACACGGAGAUGCUUGUCAGGUUUAUCUGUGCAGCACUCUGUAUCUCAGACAAACCCAGGGGCAAGAACCUAUAGUACUUCCUAAACGGAUUGUUCUAGAUUAAUCCGUCUACCGUGGUGAAUAAUCUAGAAAGAGGAACUAAAAAACUACAUUAUACACUGCCUAGGAAAGUGGAAUCUGCAGCCAGCUUUUCAGCUCCUUACUGUAAAAGAAGUCCUGCUGUUAAUAACACACUUCAAUCUGCAUUCAUUCAUCACCCAGCACCUCCUGCUCCACCACGACUCCACCCCUUUCACAGCCUGCCCUCGGAAAUGCCCCCCUGCUGCCACAACAAAAGUACAUCCACUCAUCCCCACAUUCCACUGACUCAUGUAUUUAUGAUCUAAAUGACCCGAGUCCGUUUGUUCUCUUUUUGCCAGCCGGGUCUCGGCCGUACGUUUUAAGAGACUUGUACAGCCAUCGAGUUCGUAUUCGGCUUUCUUAACAUGUCUCCGUAACCUCUUCAUGUGAUUAUAAACAUCAGAGUUGUGACCUUUAUGUAUUUUUUUUAUUAUUACAUUUUUUUUAUUGUUUGUUAAAAAGGAGAAGGAACAGAGAAUAUUACACAUUAAGGGACUCGCUGCAUUCCAAAUCCUAUUUCCAUGAACUUAACAGAGGUGUAUUAUAAUAAUAAAAAUGACACAAGGAGUAAUGAAAGAGUUAUCAAUACUGCUUCUAAUUUUAAUUCUGAAAGCUUUGCCUUCUGUGAAGGCUGUUGAAAUGAUUUGCCAUGUUUUCUAAUGGACUUGUAGCACUUUUGAAGUUUGGUGAAUGUGGAUCUUACGAGUAAUUGUGUAGAGACUCAGCUCAUGCGUUAAAUUCGUUCAUUACAGUACGCUGACAUAACACUCAACCUGUACUCCAUGUCUAGGACGGGUUUAAACAUUGUGUGUUAAAUGGAUUAAAUCCUGUUACGCAUUUGUCAAUAAUAAAGAUUCACUGGAAAAAA